AUGCCCUUCGCGCAACCCUUGGAAAAGGGUCCUCUGUCCAUGAGGCAAUUGCUCAGCUUGAACAUGCGCCCGUUUUUCUCCAAACGGGUAUUAAUUACAUGCGCUACCCUUUCCGUUUUGUCUCUGCUGUUUCAUCAUGCACACUACUUGCGUGAAAGCGAAUUAUUAAUAUCCUCCGAAGUCGAGCUAUCGCCGGCACCUGUAUCUGGGCCUGACGCCGGUCAAAACUACGAAGGACGGGGCCUGUUCCGGCCGAUAUGGGUGGACGGCUACGACAAUAACGGGAUCCCCGGGGGAGAAUAUCUCGGUCGGAACCUGUCGUGUGAGUCGUUGGGACAUUCGGCGGAAAUUGGGGUGCAAGAAUCCUUUUUCCUCCACGACAACUUCGUCGAGAUCGCGGGUGAGCUGGAUUCUCACCCCAUGGUCGAUUAUGUGCCCAGCCUGGCCAAAUUCGCCGACGGGGCCUUCUCCCUCCAGCAGUUGCUGGCUUCUUCGUGGGAUCGGCUGGCCACCGCCUGCGUAUGGAUGCCUGACCAUGGCGUCCAUCUGUGCGUGUCACGCAUCAUCUUCCACCCGGGCGGCCGCCGAGACCGGUGUCGCAUCAGUUUCUUGCGAGGCCAGAUCUACAGCGAAGACUGGGUGCAUCUCGAUCGGUACAAGCUGAAAUGGAAAGGCCAAGAGAUUGUGUUUCCCAAGGUGUUCGACACCGACACGGAGUUCAAACUCGGCGGGCAACUGUACGGGCCUGAAGAUGCGCGCAUCAUCAUCGAAGAGGGCGUCGACGAUGCCGAGCCGGUGGUGGUGUUCAACAUGAUCACCACUCACUCCGACUGGAAGCGAGCCAUGUGGAUUUUCCGACCCUUCUCCGAACAAUCGCACAUUCUGACCGUGCGAGGGACGGAACGUCCCAAGAAGGAAAAGAACUGGGCCCCUUUCUUCGUGCGAGAGCUGGAAGGGGCGUCCAACUCGACGUCGGAACGCCAGCCCAGCACGCACAUCCAUUUCAUCUGGCGGUUUGAGCCUUUGACCGUUCUCAAAUGUCAACUCUCGACCGGCAUGUGCGAUGUGGUGUUUGAACAGGCCGUCUUGCCCGCUCUGUCCAGCCAGCAUGACGACCACGACGGCAGCCUCCGGGGUGGGACGCAGCUGGUUCCGGUUCCGCUGUCCACCAAGAAGACGAAAUCCAAAUCCCGGUUUGGCUCGCCGAACGUGCAAGCCUUUGUGUCCUUCCCGCGGACCCACGUGGAAAGGGCCGGUGGCUGUCGGCAGGCGGUCUACCGGCCCGAACUGGCCGUGCUGGUCACCAACACCACGCACUUCUAUCUGACCUACGCAUCCGAAGCCUUGGACUUUAGCGAGGGCAUGGUGAUGGAUGCCAAUGCCCUGGCAGACCCUUGUGGCAAGGGCCGAAUCAUGAUCACCAACAGCAUUGCUCGGUGGGACCUGGAAGGCCGAGAUUCCAACGGUCAGCAAAUGGACGUCAUGACGCUGAGUCUGUCGGUGGACGACGCCACGGUUCAGGUGCUGCGGGUGGCCGGCAUUUGGGAUCUCCUACGCGGCCUGCCAUCCCUUGCGCGAUAUUUCAGCCAGGACAAAGUCCAACACAUCGAUGGGUUCCCUCCAGUCAACGAUGUCGAAGACGAACAUGCGGACCUUCUCAGCCCCUUUGAUCGUUACGAGCGCGCGAAUGCCGUGGGAUGGGAUGUCCGAGCCUGCCUGGAAGAAUCUGCCAUUCGGUACGUCAAUAGCCAUGUGGAUGCGACCAAGCAAGCCCAGGAAAAAGCGAAGGCGGAAGAAAAGAAAAAGGCCGAGGAGGAGGCCAGGAAGAAAAAGGCUGAGGAGGAAAAGAAAAAGACGGAAGAGGAGGCCAAGAAGAAGGCCGAAGAGGAGACGAAACAGGCGGAAGCCAAAAAGCUCCAAGAGCAAAAGGCUCUGGAGGAAAAGAAGAAGGCACUUGCUUUGGAGAACAAAGACAAGGACACGACCGCCCAGGACCCGAAACAGGCCGCCGACCCAAAAGCCUCGGACGAGCAGAAGAAGAAACUCGAAGACAAAGUGGUGCCCGAGGCAGGCGUGUAA